GCCAGUAGUAGUGCGUCUCAUGGAGGACAGCGAGCUCGUGAUCCUACAAAAAGCACACGACGAGUUCAACAGUAAGAAUUAUAAACCAGCAGAGGAAUUAUACACACAAUUCAUUGAGUCUUGCGCCAAAUCCAGAGACUGCAGAGCUCAUGAUUUGGCCAUUGCCUAUAAUAACCGAGGACAGGUGAAGUAUCUUCGGGUGGAUUUUUAUGAAGCCAUGGAUGACUAUACCUCUGCCAUUCAGAUCAACUGCCAGUUUGAAGUGCCACUUUAUAACAGGGGAUUGAUACGUUACAGAUUGGGCUUUUUCAAAGAAGCUGAGAGUGACUUUCGGAGAGCCCUGGAACUGAAUCCUAAUUUUAAAGAUGCUGAAGAAAGUUUGCGGCAGACACUACUGGACCAUGAAGAAAAGUUGAAGAGAGGCUACUAAAGAGAACUAGUCAUUAAAUGUUAUAAUCAAGCUCAUUAAACUGUUGAUUCACCUAGAAGUUAUAUUGUCAUGGACAAUCCCAAGAACAUAUGAUUGUGCAGUGAUGAGUUGAAAUGACAUUCAAACAUUAAGGCCUGGUUUCACUGACAGGGCUUAGAUCAAGCCAGGAUUAGGCCAUAGUUCAAUUAGGAUGUUUAAGUAGUUUUUAUAAAUGUAAACAAUGGCUUAUAUUUUAAGAUUAAGCCUUAAGCCUUGUCUGUGAACUGAAAUGUUUCUAUAGGUCGAAUGAUAAAGAUUUAUUAACCUGCUAGUAUUCUUUCAAACUUUGUGAGCAAAGGGCCAAUCCUGUUGGUCAUUGCUCAAGAUACAAGUGAAAACCUUUCUAAAUAAAAUGCCUGACAGUUUACAUUUCAGAAUACUUUGAUUAAUUGUUGAUUUCUUAAUCACAAGUGGUGCAAUAAUUGUGUUUGUUUGUCUGUUUUUAAUAAACCAAUUCUUUAAAAUCUG